AUGGAUCGAGUAAGGAUCACGUGUACUGGCUCGAAGUUCGUGACUCGAAAGGACUUGCAAGCCGACUCAGAAGAUGAAAACGAGAAAGUGAAACCUCAAGGCCGAAGAGGUAAUGCAGAGCAGUUGCAAGCAGAAUCAUUGCUAGCAUAUUAUGGAGAGCCAUUUCACCGGGCAGCUGGUCCAAACCAGAAGGCUGAUGAUGUGACGAAAGCUCCUCUUAGUUAUCCUUGUACAUGGUGUGCAGAUGACCCUAAGAAGCCAGUUGUUGUUCGUGUCAGUCUCAGUAAUCUAACGACCAAUCUGAAGACACAUCGAGAUGGUCACACUGCGGAUGGACGUUCGAAGACCGGUUGUCCAGGCAUCUUUAACUUGGCAGUCAUUACGGAUAAUUCCUUGAGUCCCUUUUCGGUUUAG